GAUCCUGCCCUUCGCUCGGAGUCUGGGCCAUGGGUGGCAGCGGACGUCGCUUGCAGCAUGGGUUCCAGAAGUGCUCCAAGUGCCAGUACACGUGGACGUGGCGCACACGUUCGGCCUGCUUCAACUGCGGCCACUGCCUCUCGCCCGCGUCCUCGCCCGCCAGGUCGCCUGAUGGUGCUUGGUCCGACCGGGCAGCGAGCGCCGACGCAGCCGCUGGCCGUGCUCGGCCUGCCUCUCGGCCACCGUGGCAGGAGGCCAGGCUGCGGCCCGACACGCGGCAGGUGCGGGAGGAGACGCUGCUCGAGACCAUCAAGCGCCGCAAGGAGGAGCUCCCCCUGGAGGCGUCCCAGGCCUUGGCGGGCCUCGAGGCGGCGCUCCAGCAGCCCACGGCCACGGCGCCCAAGCCCGAGCUGCCCGACGAGGCCGUCCAGCGGGCAUGGGGAGCGGCGCGUCGUGCGACCAAGGCGCUCAACGAGGCCCUCGACGCCACCGAGGGGACCCGCGCCUGGCUCGCCAAGUGCCAGGCCAAGGAGGACGAGCUUGCGGCGGAGUACGCGCUCGCCCUCGAGGAGCAGGCGAGGGCCAUCGCACACGCCAAGGGCUGCCUCAAAGGCGAGCAGGCCACUCCAGCAUCGGUCUCGGUCAACCUAUCCUCCGUCCUCGAGGGGAGGGAGGGCCUCAACUUCGAGCUCGGGGUCGCCUUCGACCUCGACGGCAUCUCGCUCACGGAGCAGGAGCAGGCCGACUGGGAGAAAACGCUGGAGCAGUUCAAGCAGGACUUCACAAAGCAGGUGGAGGCGAUGUUCAAGCCCGCGGCUGAGGAGCUCGAGAAGCGGAGAGAGGGCCUCAAGAAGAUGCAGGAGGAGUUCCGCGCCAAGACCAAGAAGCGGCGGAUGGACUCUGAAGCUGCUCGGCCUGCUGGUGAACCUGACCCUCCUGGCGACGAACAGCGAGGCGCUGGGGGCGACGCAGCAGGACAUACCAGCGACGCGGCUCCUGGGACGCCCAGCCAGCCUGAGGCCGCCCCAGCCCCCAGACAGCCCCAGCUGUCGGCAGAGCGGCUCGCAGAGCUCAAGAAGGCCGCGAGGGAGCCGUUCACGUUCGACUCCGCCAACGGCUCAGGCUGGGGACCCCUCACGACCAUAUGGGGCAGGCCUCAGGAGAGGGCUCAGGAGCUGGCCAGGGAGGCCCAUGCGGGUCAGUGCUGGUUGGCCCAGGAGACCCACCUGCACGAGGAGGAGGCAACCCGCGAGGAGCAGUGGCUGCGCAGGCAGGGCCUGCGGGAUGCCCUCACGCCUGGCACCAGCCACCCAGGAAGCCUGGACACGCAGCAGAGGAGGGCCGCCCCGGGCGGCACAGGAGGUGAGGUCUGGGCGGCGCGAGGCGCCGCUCAGCCCUUGCGAGGCGCCGCCGCUGGGACCAGAUCUAAGCGCGUCCACCCUGGGCGGCGCACCUGCCUCCACUUCGAGGGGCUCAAGCGAGGAGGAGGGCUGGCGGCCAGCGUCUACCUCGACAUCGACCGCCAGGGGCCUGCGUCAUGGGAGGUGCUGCGCACGCUGGGGCACGCGCUGAGAGCCUCGGGCAGGUCCUUCGUGGUCGGGGGGGACGUCAACGUGGAGCCCGCCCCCUCCGCGGACGCGGCGCGUUUCUGGCUGGAGGCGGUGAGAGGCCAGGUCGCAUGCAACGAAGAAGGCCUCGGCACCUGCCACGUCGCGGCCGACGCGCCGCCGUCCGAGCUCGACUACUUCAUCGUGGCCAUCAUGUUUGACGACUGCUCCCUGCGCCACACUGGCUCGGAAGCGCAGGUGGGCAUCAUGCUAGGCAAGGCGGCGUGCGCCGUCAUCAGGGGCCUGGAGCGGGGCAUAGGCGCGGUGGUCUCCAGGGACAAGAGCGAGAUCCUGGGGACCACCGAGAGGUUGCACCGCCUCAGCGAGUACCACAUGGACGAGGGCUCCUUCGCGCAUGCCAAGGAGACCAG